GUGUGUGUGUGUGCGCGCGCGCGCGUGUGAACUCCGCGCGUCUCUCGCGCCGUGUUCGUCAGUCUCGCGUUCAGCGCGCGCGGAGAAGCAGCGGCUCCGCUCGUUUCCUCGAGGAGGGAUGCGACUGACUUCUUCUGCUCUUCUCCAGGAGGAACCGACACUUCGCGAGGAGACGCGACAGACCGGAGGAGAACCGGACCGAGCCGAACCGUCCCUGCGCGCGGAGCGAUGGAUUCCUCGCGAGGAAACACAGAUGCGCUGUGGACCGGUGGCUUCACCUCGUCCUUGAGCUCCUCCAGUUUGCGUUUGUGAAACUCCUUCAACGCUGUUCUUCUUCUCCAUCUCUUCUCACUCUCUCCAUGGCUAAUCUUCUGAGCUAUGUGUUGUUCCUGGCGCUCCGGACGUACGCCGCCCCGCCGGAGUACAUCCAAGUGUGGCCCGGCGGCUCCACACCGGCCCCGGGAGAUCUGGCCAACGGCACGGUCGGCCCUUCCUUGGUUCCUCCUCCAGGAACCAGCAAACACUCACCACACAGCAUCAUCAUCGGCGUGCGGAAAGGAGGCACCAGAGCCCUGCUGGAAAUGCUGGAUAUCCACCCCGAAGUCGCGGCGGCGGCCACCGAAGUCCACUUCUUCGACUGGGACGAGAACUACGCCAAAGGCUUCGAAUGGUACCGGGACCAAAUGCCCUAUUCGUAUCCAAAUCAAAUCACCGUGGAAAAGACGCCGGGGUAUUUCACGUCUCCGGUGGCGCCUGCACGGAUCCACGCCAUGAACUCUUCCAUCAGACUCUUGCUGAUCUUGAGAGACCCGACGGAGAGGGUCAUAUCGGACUACACCCAAGUCUACUUCAACCGCUUGGAGAACCACAAACCCGUGCAGGCCAUCGAGAACAUGCUAGUGAAGAACGGCGCGCUAAACACGCGCUACAAAGCCAUCCAGCGCAGUCUUUACGACGUCCACAUGAGGAACUGGCUCCAGCACUUUCCUCUGGAUCAGAUCCACAUCGUGGACGGGGAUACGCUGAUCCACGAUCCCUUACCGGAGCUCCAGCGAGUCGAACGCUUCUUGCAUCUGCCGCCGCGGAUCGUGGCGUCCAACUUCUAUUUUAACCAGACCAAAGGCUUCUACUGCAUUCGCAGCGACGGCCACGAGCGGUGCCUGCACGAGUCCAAAGGACGGCCGCAUCCGCCCGUCAACAGCACUGUGCUGCGACAGCUGCGCUCGUAUUUGCGCCAACACAAUCGGAACUUCUAUCGGCUCAUUGGACGUACUUUUAACUGGCAGUAGUGGGAGGGGCUGGAAUUAGCCAAUCACAGCCCAGCUGGGGGGCUGAUUGACUGCUGAUGGACCAAACAAGCCACUCCCCCAUGGACACACCUCUUAAAGAGUUAGUUUGCCCCAAUAUGAAAAUUCGGUCAUUAAUUACUCGCGCUCGUGUCGUUCCAAAGCCAUAAGACUUUCGUUCUUCUUUGCAGCAUAAAUUCAGUUAUUUUUGAGUCAUUUCUUCGAGCUAUCUGCAUAGCGAGAAACACCCGGGUCCAGAAACGUAGUAAAGACAACGGUAAAACGGCGACGCCAGUGGCUCAACUUGAACUACUCGAAUGUUCUUUGUGUGCAAAUAAAACAAAAAUAACUUUAUCCGAAAAUAAUUUUUCCCUGAGUUGCAUCUUCUGCCAUUUCGGAGAGUACCCAAGAACAGGACAGCGCGUGCAUUAACGCAAUCUGCAUAAUCAGCAUUGUUUACGUUCCAGGGGAAAGAGUGUGCAUUAACGUAAUCGCAGUAAUCAGUGUUGGUAUCGCUCGAGAAAAAAGCGUGUGCAUUAACGCAAUCUGGGCAAUCAACUUUUGCAUCACGCGAUAAUGUAAUCUGCAUAAUCAACGUUGUUUACGUUAGAGGGGAAAGUGUGCGUAUUAGCGGAAUCUGCAUAAUAUUGUUUACGAUUCAGGGCAAGCAUGCAUAUGCAUUGUGAAACUCUCCGGAACGGAAGAUCAUGUAACUCGUUUUUUUGUUCUUUAGUAGUAUUCUCGUAGCAUUGCGUAACUGAAGCCACUGAUGUCACAUGGUCAGAGAGCUCGCAGAAUUAAUCAAAAAUAUCUUCACUUGUGUUAUAAAGAUGAAGGAAGACCUUACCGCUUUGGACGACGUGAGGCUAAUCAACGACAGAAUUUUCAUUUUGGGGUGAAUUACACUUUAAAACGCCUUCGAGCUGCUUUUAAAGGGAUAGUGCACCUAAUAUUACGAAACUACUCAAGUUUGUUUCUCCAGUAGAACAGUGAGAGGAUUUUUAACCCAAAUUGGGAUUGUUGGCGAUUCAUAAAAUGAAAGUCAAUGGCUCCCGGCAGAGUCAAAGCAUACACAGGCUCCCGAUGAUAUACUGAGGUCCUAAGAAGAGAAAUGAUCGGUCUGUGCAAGAAAAUGAACAUUAUUUUCAACAUUAUUCCCUGUAAUCCACAGCCUCAAGCAAACGGGGAAAUACCAUUCUGUUCCAUCAACUGAUUCUUUUGGACGUUUCGUUUCUGUGAACCAGUUUAUUUCACUCGUUCAUGUAACACAUACGCGAUUAUAUCAUUAAAGCACCCAGUAAUGAUGUGAAACAUGGAUGUAAUAAGCAUAUGCAGUGAGAAUAAACUAGUCUUAAUCAGCUACCCUUUUGCCGUAACCCGUCAGAAGCCACAGGUAUUAAUUUUGUGUUGCCUGUGUGUGCUUUUUCACCCUCAAGUGCAUUGACUUGCAUUUUAUAAUCGUCAAGGAGCGUGAUUUCAGCGAAAAAUCUUCAGGAAAAAGAUCUGCGUCUUUGAGGUGAGUAGCUUCAUUUUUGAGUGAACUAUCCCUUUAAGACUUCGGAGCGAUCACGUUUUAAAUCUGAAAUUGUAAGGAAUAAGAUAUUAAAACUCGAGCGUGGGGGAAGAUCUUUGCUGUCAAGUGUCUUUGUCGUAACAAGGUUACCCGAGACAAAUCCGAGUCUUUUUUUUUUUUCUCUCUUUCUCUCUGUUUGUUUGAUAUUCUUGUACUUGAUAAUAAAUGGUUCUGCUUCCAAAACGGGA